AUGCCUCCCCGCACACGAAACGGAAAGAGGCGCGAAGAUAACCGCGAAGUGAGCAUCUCCAAGGCACUGAGCAAGCUGCUCCGGCACUCGGCAGAGGAGGAGGGUCUCAAACUCGAUACGCGGGGGUAUGCAAAUGUGACGGAGGUGAUGAAGUGCCAACGGCUGAAAUCUCUCCAAGUGACAUUUCCCGAGAUCCUGACCGCGGUGUCAUCAUCGGAUAAAAAGCGGUUCGCCCUUUUACACAUUCCCUCUACGCCGGUUGAGUCCCCCGCUGCUGCUGCUGUAAUAGACGAGGAGGAGACCGAGCGAGAGACGGCUACGCAAAACGCACUCUCGGCACAAGAUCCCGAUCCUUCGCAUUUCUUGAUCCGCGCUACCCAGGGCCACAGUAUCAAGAGCGUGGACGCCGCGGCAUUCCUGGAACGACUGUCGCUGGCCGACGAGGCGAGACUACCCACCACCGUCGUCCACGGGACAUACCAUGCCACCUGGGUAGCAAUCAUGCAGUCGGGGGGACUACGGUGUAUGGGACGCAACCAUGUUCACUUCGCCGUUGGCCCGUCACUGCAGUCUGUGCUUGCCAGCAUAUCAUCAACACCGCAGGAGGAGGAAGAAGGAGGAGAAGAAGAAACCCCCACCGAGCCGCAGGUGAUCUCGGGUAUGCGGCGGGAUGCUCCCGUGCUGGUAUAUAUCAAUCUCAAGAAAGCGCUGGCGGCGGGGUGUCCCUUCUGGCGGAGCGAGAAUGACGUCAUUCUCAGCGAGGGGAUGCCGGCCAGCAACGCCGAGACGGGGAAACACGAAUCCCAGCAGCGUAAAUUUGUACCCCUGGAGUUUGUGGAUGUCGUCGUGGAGAGGAGAAAAGGCCUGGGGAUCCUAUGGGAGAAGGGGCGGGAAGUGCAGCAGCUGCCGGAGUCGCUGACGAGCAGACCACCCCCGAAGAACAAACAUCGGGGACACUGA